CAAUAGCAACUUUCCACGUAACGUCGAACCAGACCAAUUAAAUCUUUUAACCCGGAAAUUUCUCCACUUUGAAAAACAUCAGCUGUAUUAAAAUGCAGGCCCUCAACCUCUAGUGGACGAAAAUUCGCUGCUCGUGAGAAAUGGAUGGUCCUCAGGCCGGCGAAGCGCGAUCUGGUGGUGGACAAGAAGAAGUUCCAAAGUCAAGACCGCUUGAAAAUUCAACUCCGACAUUUCUUGUAGAUACAUUUUAUUUAGGUGAGCUAACAUUGCUACAGUAAAACAUUGUGGUGCUACUCAAAACUCUACAUAUUUUAAUUUUUUUUAAAAGCUAGAAACCGUGGAAUGACUCAUAAUAAUACCUGAUAAUCACAAACCUUUGUGGACUCAAAUGUCAGUUGGUUUAAUAUACCAUCAAAAAAUUAUUUUAAUUUUUUUCCUCGGAGUAUGUUGAAUUGCAUGAAGAGUAUAUUUUUAUGUCGGUGAAAUAGCUGAAUGAAAUGCCAAAAAACCGGAAAAAAUCCUGUAAGACAUGAUGUUUUCUUUCGUAAUGAUAAAAAUGAAAAACCAUGAAUAAUUCCUUUCGAUAAUUGGAAUAUUGCACUAUCUAACAGGCGUGGGGCUCCUGGAGCGUUAUGGCUGGCUCAUUUUAAUAGGGCUUGUGAUCCUGGUAUUCCUGUGGAGCAAAUUGAAGCCGUACUGGAAAGAACUACAAAACAAGUGGGAAAGACAGCAAGAAAUUGCUAACUUUGGUAAGUGAGAUCAUUUGUUUCGCUAAGAGUAGAGUGAACACUAUUUUUUUUCAAGGAAAAAUUAUGCAUGAAUGUGAGAAGACUGUAGAUGUAAAAAUAAAACAGAGACAUACUGUCAAACAGAUAGGUAGACAGUACAUGUAGACAGACAGAAUUCUCGAAAGAAAUUGUGGUGCAGCAUCAGGUGAGAAAUAUUACAAGAUAAUUCAGUUUUAUUGACUGAGUUGAAAUGUAAAUUGGCCUCUGUAAAGAGUUUCAAAGCUGAUGUUUAAAGGAUUAGCCUCUCGUCAGAGUGACAGACUGACAGAUAGUCUGAGUGGCAGGUGAAAUGGGAGGUGUGAUGAGCAUAAGAAAAUUAAUGGUGACACAAAUAGGAAACUAGACUUUGUCUAUGCAUUUUGUGGCUUUUAUAUCUCCUUUGGCACCUGCCAAAGAAAAGUGAGGUACUGUUACUUUACAUCAUACAAAGAAGUCUCUUUAACCCUUUAACUCCUGUGAGUGACCAAGACAGAAUUUCUCCUCACAAUAUCCAUACAAUAUAAAGUAUGCAAAUGAUGUGAAUAAAUAUAUGUUAUUCACCAGACGAGAGGUCUAUAUUAGGAAAAACUGUACCAAAGGUCUUGGAUGCCACCUGAGGCCUAUGGCCUCAGGCAGUACACAAGACCGAGGGCACAGUUUUUCCCAAUACAGACCAACCUUGGCUGGUGAAUAACAUUUUUAUUUUUUUCUAAAACCUAACAAAUGGUUGUGAAAAGAACCUGAAUGAUAAAGGGCUGUAAUUACAGCAAGAUUCUCCUUAAAUAGAACAAUUUAUAAAUGAGUAGAUGGUAAAGAAAACAAGGGCAAUGCAAAUGAAAGAGAGAGGUUUCAUCAAAGCAUAUUUGUUUGCAUAAUUUAAAUUUUAAAUUUAAAAGGUUUCCAAGAAAACUUCAAAACAUUUUUUGGAUACCACCUGCUGUGAGGGGGCCAAAUGGGGAUAACACUGCCCGCUCUUGGAACCAAUCAGAUUGCAGGAUUUGUAGAAUAUCACCUGCCCACGAACUGAGAAAAAGAUAAAGAAAAAUAUCAGUCAAGGGAUGAAUUAGUUGAUUUAAUAAAAGUUCUCUCAACUAACAUCACAAGAACUGUAUGGCAGACAGUAAGGAGGAUUACUAAUGAGAUCUUGGGAGUGAGAGGAUUAAAUAACCAUUUACCUUUCACACCUCAACAUCAAUAUGCACAUUCUUCAUACUGUUCUCUAUUUAUACCCUUAGGUGAUAAGGAGAACGCGUUUAACAAUCAAAAGCUUCUUUUGUUGGUGAUAAUUUCUUUUAUUCUCAUGACCUUAAUGCGUGAUUCAGGGGUGAUAAUUUGUGAGGAGAUGGGGUUGAGAAAGGGUUGAUUUUUUUCCUCCAAGUAUCAAUACUAAUUGUUUAUGACUUUACAUGCCUUAGACCCAAUAAAAGCAGCCAGGCAACAGGAGAGUAUGGAAAAUGCCAGAAGACGACUGCAAGAAAAACAGGAUGCCAAAGCUGCCAAGUUUAUGGAGGACCAAAAGCUGGCAAGUGUUAUGAUUUAAAACAGUUAGCCUCCCUUGGUACUGUAUAUAUUUCCUCUUUAAAACCUUCACUCCUUUAACCUUUUAAUGUCCAAGAUCUCAUUAGUGAUUCUCCUUACUGUCUGUCAUACAAUUCUUAUGAUGCUAGUUCUGACUAAUUUAGUACCUGUUUGUUUGUCUGCUGGUACCUGUUUAUAUUCCUCGGUGGAGAGAAGCACUCUGAGAAUGACGCAUUUGACUCAAGAACACAACACUAUGACCUUAAAGUGACCAAAAAGCCAGUUCUGAAACCCAGAGCUCGCAACCCUGAGUACAGCAUGCUAACCAAAAGGCUUAAUAUGCAUCUCUUACAAAUUCAAAGGCGCAGGGUUCAAAUGUUGUCUCUAACUGUAAUUUAUCAUUGAUUGGAGCCAGGCAGAUGAAGCAAGGAGACAAGAGAAGAUAGAAGACUGGGACAGACAUCAAGAAGGAAAAGGGUACCGCACAAAAAGAUAUAAAUCUCCGGUAUAAAGCUUUUUAAAUUUCUUGUUUAUUUAUGUUUUUUAAAAAAUAAAUUGACUCAUGUCAGCUCAAAAGUGUGUAUAUCAGGUUGCAGGUUCAAAUUUCCAUCUCAGCCAUCAGCCCGGAAAAGUUGCCUAAAAUCAUCUCUAAGCAAAAGUUAUUUUUGUCCAGGGUUUGCUGAAAAGAAAAGCAGUAUUUUUUCAGUGAUGGGUGUGGAAUUGCAGUUGUAGUAAAUCUGUGUAAAGUUUGUUUGUCUUUUUUUGUGUUUAAUAUGUAGGAGGAUUCAGAGCAAUCCAGUCCUUCAUCAAAGCCAAAAAAACCUAAAAAGCCUCUCCGAAAAUCAGGUAAAGUGGUAAUGUUGUAGUUUGUUAUUUAACAUUUAACAACAUUUAAAAAUCUUUUAGUUAUUGCUUCUGGAGAUGUGUGAAUCAAUUCCAUGUUCAGAAUUUCCUCAAACUUUGUGGAAUGCUAGGGAAAUUUUCACUGAAUAGUUCCUAGUCCUCUGUGUAAUAGGAUGAAUCAACAUGUAUGGCAUCAUUGAUAACCUGAUCUCCUGGGAUAUUCUAUUUGUCUUCUUUCAAACUGACACUCAGUCCCUAGCUUAGUCAGAGCCUAUGAAGCUGCAAGGAGUGUUGCUUUCCCAUCUGAAUGAAAUCUAAAUACCCAGAGAUUUGCUACAGUAUGUGCAUGUUGCUAAUUCUUUCAUUCUUUGAAGCUACAUUAACAGAAUUUUAUCAACAUUGUAUAAGUUGUUAUGGAUUUUGAAUGUGACUAAUUAAUACUUGUGAAAAAUGGGACGGAAAGAAGCCAAGAUGGAUUAUAAAAAACCUGGAUAAUCAAGGUCGGGAUAAUCAAAGUUUAACCAUUAUAUAAUUCAAUUAUCUCUGAUUGAUAUUUCUCUAUUAGAUUACAGUCCUUUAUCUGGGGGUGGAAGUGGAUUCAGCUACAGACCACCAAGAAGAGGUAUG